GAGAAGAGCUUUAUUCUAUUUCUUAUAGCAACAAUGAAGGUAGAGCAAGUCCUUCGCAUGAACGGGGGAGUGGGAAAAGACAGCUAUGCAAACAAUUCCUCUCUUCAGAGGACUGUGAUAUCCAUGGUGAAGCCAAUACUUGGAGAAAGCAUAGUAGAGCUUUACUGUGCAAUGUUGCCAGAGUGCUUGAAGAUUGCAGAUUUAGGUUGCUCCACUGGACCCAACACUCUUUCAGUGGUUGCUGAGAUCAUAGACAUCAUCGAUGAAACAUGCCAAAGAUUAAAGUAUGCCCCUCCUUCUUUGCAAGCAUUCUUGAAUGAUCUUCCUGGAAAUGAUUUCAACACCAUUUUUAAGUCAUUGCCAAGUUUUUAUGAGAGGCUGGACCGAGAGAAAGGACAUGAGUACUUGGGCAAGUGCUUCAUAGCAGGAGCUCCUGGGUCUUUCUAUGGGAGACUUUUUCCUAAUAACUGCUUGCACUUUGUUCAUUCUUCUUAUGCCAUCAUGUGGCUUUCUGAGGCACCCAAAGAGUUGGGUACUGAAACGGGGCCAGCUGCAUCCAACAAGGGAAACAUUUGCGUGGCAAAAACGAGCCUCCCCCACGUGUUUGAAGCAUACUUGGAGCAAUUCAAAAGAGACUUCGCACUGUUUCUGAGGUGUCGUGCUGAUGAGAUAGUCCCUGGAGGCCGGCUGCUCCUAACUACCAUGGGCAGCAUCAGGAGCGAUGAUCCCCUUACCAUCUGGGAAUUUGUUGGAUUGAAACUAAAUGAAAUGGUGUCCGAGGGCUUGAUUGAAGAAGAAAAAUUGGAGUCUUUCAAUUUACCGUACUAUGCAGCUACUACAGAAGAAGUUAAGGAAGUGAUUGAAGUAGAGGGAUCCUUCACUCUGCAAAGGCUUGAGGUUUUCAAUAUGGAUUGGGACGCUUACAUAAAGAAAGCUGACAGCAACCUGGAUAAGACAGCAAGAGCAGCAAUCAUUGCUAAGGACAUUAGAGCGGUUGGUGAACCCAUACUAGCUAGCCAAUUUGGGGAAGACAUCAUGGACGAUUUGUUUCACAGGUUUCAAGAGGAUGUCCUUCAGUACAUGGACGCACAUAAAUGUCAGUACAUUAACAUAGUUAUGUCCUUGACAAAGAUGGAAAAUUGAAAGGUUAAA